CGUAGAGGGAGAGAGGACGAGCCCAUCGCGCACGACCGAGAGAACAAGGAAUUAUAAUUCGGUUCGAAAGACAUGGCUGGUCGUGCCUGUGCGCGUGGCCUAUUCGGCUUGCGUCCACUCCACAAUGCCUCUAGGAAUAUGUCCACCUUAAGUCCGCCGAAGAAACUAGAUCCGAAUUACGUGUCGACGGAAUCGAUGGAUGUCGAGAGGCUUUUCCUGCAUGCAGACGUACGUAAAAUUCUCAAGAAGCUCACGGGGAUGGACUUGAAUCGGAUUUUCGCUCUAAGGAAGCAGGAGAACUCUGUCCCAUCGUAUAAGUUAAUGACAGAUGAGGAGCUCAAGCAAGCGUAUGCAAAAGCUUUGAAGCGCGCCGAAUUCACCCUGCGUAUGCCUCCAGUAAUGCGGAAGCGAGUUCCGUGCGAAGCGAUCAUUCGCAAGGAUCCGGGAAUGCAAGGCGCUGAAAAGCACAAAUUCGUAUUCACCGACAUUUCCUACGGAAUUCCCGAUCGGUCUCGGCCGAUAGUCGUACGUGAACCCAACGGGGUUUUGCGGAAUGCAAGCUGGGAAGAACGGGAUCAGAUGCUACAAACCUAUCUCACGAGACCUGAAAGGGAGUCCCGGACUCCACCAAUGUUCACCGAGCCCCAUCUCACUAGAAUUCUCGACAAAGGAUGGUACAUCUUCGUCCUGGACCGAGCCUGUGCUCAAUUCGAGCCGGACGAUGAGUGGUUCAUCGCGGUCACACACCGCACGUACGAUCACAUCAGUGAGAAAUCGGCAUUCGAUGUCGUACGUUCUACUCGACAUUUCGGGCCCAUGUGCCUUUAUUUAGCUGUUGUCAAAAACGGGGACAAGCUCAUGUUGGAACUGCUCACGACAAACAGACUGGAAGAUGCCGCAGCAUUCGUGAGACUCCUACACCUCGUGCACCCGGAGAGCAGGAGCGCAGGAGAGGUAGAUGAGAAGAGCUCAGCUAUGGAUUUUGUUGAGGCUUACAUCAAGCUGGAGGCGCAGAUGAAAGCAAAAUUGGAUUUGGCACUUCAGUCGUACAAUGACCAGGUUCAGGCAGCGACGGCGUAGUUGAUUGUAUACGAGUAUGAUGUCUGUAGUUUGUAUCAUCUGCGUGAAUGCGAAUAAAACUCUCAGUGGAGGGAUUCCAUGCGUU